AUGGCAAUCCUUCAACUCAUGGCUGUCGUAUAUAUUGCUCCAGGCUGGACCUUCCAUGGCUCUAACUUCAGAUCGUUCGUCGAUGCCGAAGAUGGUGCGUUAACGAAAGCCAACGAGACUGUAGAAUUGGCUUCAUCGUCUGCACUAAAUGACGAGCGCUUCGAAGCAACUGCGACCGCCACUGCUCUGAAUAGAGCCCCAGCUACUGCGUCUACAACAACAAGCACAAGUAGCUUGAGCUCCUUGGACCAGAUCGUUGUAAUGGGUAAAACCAAUAGUGAGGAUACAUCUUGGGUCGAGAAGCUUCCAACAUGGCAGAACGCUGUAUACUCGGUCGACAACGACACUUGGCCUUUGCAUACUUCGAGAAACAAGGGGCGAGAGGCUAAUGUCUAUCUCACGUACCUCAUAGAGAAUUUUGAAAAACUUCCGUCGACCAUUGCAUUUGUACAUCCUCACGAAGACGGCAACCCGCGAGCAUGGCACACAGAUGCAGAUGGGUAUUCGAAUGUCAAAAGCUUGUUGUCUCUCCAGACUGGUUUUGUUCAGAGCCAUGGCUAUGCCAAUCUUCGUUGCAUCGCCAAUCCUGGCUGUCCGGACGGGACCCGACCUUUCCACGAAUAUCAUGACGAAGAGGACCGACGAGCAGAACACGCAAUUGCGCACGUAUGGAAAGAGCUAUUUGGCAACAACGACGUGCCGGAGGUGAUAGGCGCUACUUGCUGUGCCCAAUUUGCUGUUUCGCGAGAUCAGGUUCGCAAGCGACCUCUGGAGUUUUAUGUUGGUGCUUUGAAGUGGCUGCACGAGACACCACUUGAUGAUGAUACAAGCGGCCGUGUUUUCGAGCAUCUUUGGCAUAUCAUCUUUGGUCAGGAUCCAGUAUAUUGUCCUGAUCUCGGUCAAUGUUAUCACGAUGUUUAUGGAAGAGCUUAG